ACAUCAUUGUAUAUUAUUGACGUGUAUAAAUAAAUAAAUAUAAAUAUAAAUUAAAAUUGAUCAUGAAAAUUUAUUGAAGUCCAUAAUCGUAAUAAGGCAUCAAUUUUCCCUUUCAAUUCAGUUGCAGCAAUUUUCUUCUUCCAUGGCUUACGUUGAACGAGGUACUGUUAAAUCAAAGAGAUCAAUAUGGCGCCUCAAGACAAUCACUGAUUUUUUCUGGGCCAUUGUUAACUUCAUAGGCAUGUUUUUUGCUACGAUGUUCUCGAUGGAAAAGUCGGAUGCCUACCGGAAAGGUUCUGCUGGUAAGAAAUGGGAUGGUGGUGCCCCUGGUGGUCCUGGUGGUGGUGGUGGUGGUGGUGGGGGACCAUAUGGUGGUGGACCCCGGGGACCUCCCCGCGGUGGUCUUGACAAUGUGCGUGGGCUAGAUAGUAUUAGAGGACGUGACCACAGUUCAUUGCCUGCAUGCGGCUCAUGCUGUGGUUGAGAGUGUUAAGAGAUCCCAUUUGUCUAUAUUUGUUGUUUCUGUAUCUGCUCUUCAACUGGUGUAAUAUGCAAAUAUCUAUAAGACUUUCGUGUUACUUGAGUUUUUGUUGUCUGUUGUUGAUAAUAUCGUGUUACUUGACAUUUAUCUCAAUGCAAAUGGGGUAAUGACACAUUGCUUUUGAAGUGUCUUAAAAUCUUAAACAAUAGUUUUCAAUGGGCAAUUAUUAAUUA